AUACAUUCUGAAGGCCUGUAUUUGAAACUGUAUUUGUUUUACAUGAAAAUUUAAUUAUUAUUGCUGAGUAUAUCUAUUUAUUUAUGACAUCCAUAUGGAUAUAUUAUUGCUAAUAAUUUCAUACCGUUAAAAAAAAGCUAGAUUGAAAAACUGGCUCUUACAAACCAUUAAUUAAAAUACAAAAUGAUAAUUUUAAUGAUAGCACUUUCUUUUGGCAGUGGCAAAAAAAAAUGUGAAGCGUUCUUCAGCAUCCAUCUUGUCCACUCGAUAGGUGAGGAAUACCUCGCCAUAAAUAAAUUUAGUAAUCAUCACAAUCACGAAUGCGAAAAAAUACAUUUUCUCGACUCUACAUCAAGUACUGAUGAGCUUAUCGAGAGUCAAGAUGAUAGUGAUAAUAACAAUGAUGAUGUAAAUAAUGUAAAUAAUGAAAAUGAUAAUGAUAUUGAUAAAAAUAAAAAUAAAGACAAUGAUAUUAACGAAGAUGAUGAUACGAUCGAAUGUAAUGAAAAUGCCAAUGAUAAUCGCGAAGAUAAUGAAAGUGAUAAUGAUAUUAAUAAAAAUGACAAUGAUAUUAACGAAGAUGAUGAGAUGAAUGAACAUAAUGAAAAUGCCAAUGAUACUCGCAAAGAUAAUGAAAAUGAUAAUGAUAUUAAUAAAAAUGACAAUGAUAUUAACGAAGAUGACGAUAUGAAUGAAUAUAACGAAAAUGCCAAUGAUACUCGCUAAGAUAAUAAAAAUGAUAAUGAUACUUAUGAAAAUAAUGAAAAUGACAAUGAUUUUAAUGCACGUAAUGAAGAUGAUAAUAAAAAUUGUUGUUGUCGAGUGUGCGAAGAAGAAAUAUCAAAAUCCAAGGUAAUCUGUUCCAUUUGCUGAAUAGCAUCUCACAUGACUUGCUCGCGCGAAAUUUAUAACUGUCGUUGGGUUUGUAAUCUAUGUAAGAAAGUUAAAUUCGUGAUAUUAAAUGAA